AACCUUCUUGUUCUAUCCAGAAAAAAGAAAUACCAUUUUGACAUUUGAAUUACUGGCGCCUGUGUGAAAAUUUCAACAAUGCACGUUAGUUACGGAAAUCUAAAAUUAUUCAGAGUGAUAAACAACCCAAAUCCCUAAAUCAUCAAAAUGGCAUGUCAUACAAAACUCCCGAAACUGGAAACCGAAGAAAUAGCCAGUAAGGGUACAAAUUUAUUAGGACCUAGUCUGGAAUCAAAAUUUGACGAGCUCAAGUACGAAAUAAUUCAUAAAAUAGAUAGUGAACUAACAGACUCGAAAAACGCAAGAGAUUAUAUAACGCAAAAGUACGACGAGCUUUGUAAUAAGAUACAAUAUCUAGCCGAACUAGAUGCAACGGUAAACGGUUUUCGUACUGAUGUUAAAUCAAUAGAAAAACAGAUACUGGAAUUGUCUACAAGAUUGGAUGAUGUAGAGAAGAGAGCAAUUGCAAAAGAUUGCCCAUCUAUUACGUCGUCUAUGUUGGGUGUACCUAAAUAAUGUUUA